CCACCAUCUUCAUCCAUGAUCCCCUCACACCCCACUGAAAUCUUCUUGUCACACACACACACACAUCAAGACGCCAUUUUUAUAACAGCAUUUGAAUUUGAAGGCAGAAUCUUUGUUUUAUUCUUCAGAAGCACAAAUCAAACCCUCAAAACUUCAUUCAAUCGAGGGAUGGAGCCUGGCAAUGGGGUUCAUACGGAAGAUGAAAAUGGUGUUAUAAACGUGGUAGAUCAUGAAAACUCGAAUGAAGUUGAGGAAGGUCUCGAAUCAACAAAAGUGGAAGUGAGUGAAUCUUCUGAGAAUGUUAAUGCCACCAAAAUACCAAAUUCAAGUGAGGUUACUACUAAUGGUAAUGGAGGUACUUCAAAGAACAAUAAAGUGGCCAAAAAUGGUUCUAAAGGUAGCAUAUUGGCUCGUAAGCCAAAACCCCAUCUAACUCAAAGUUUAUCUUUCCCUUCUAAACCCCAAAACCCUAAUUCCAUGAGAGCUAGCAUUGAUGGGCACCCUGGUAAGCAGCCAGCCACAGUAUCAAAUGGAAAUGCCAUGAAUCCUGCUAAUAGAAGAGCUUCAACAGGAGUAAAAACAAAGGAAAAGAGUGCAAGUAUUGAUGGCACACCUUCUAGAAGAGCUACUUUGGAUUCGGUUCGCGUGUCACGUCCUAGGAAAUCUAAUGGAAGUGAAGAUGCCCCUGAUGGGCAGCAUAAGAACAGUGUGAUUGGCUUUUCUUCAAGGUUGGAAGAGCGUGCUGAAAAGAGAAAAGAGUUCUUUUCAAAGAUAGAGGAGAAGAUUCAUGCGAAAGAAGCGGAGAAAACCAACUUGCAAGAAAAGUCAAAGUUGCAAAUGCAGGAAAGCCAAGAAGCAGAGAUCAAGCAGUUGAGGAAGAGCUUGAUGUUUAAAGCUGCACCAAUGCCAAAGUUUUACAAAGAGCCACCCCCAAAAGUUGACUUGAAGAAGAUACCAACAACACGCCCAAAAUCUCCAAAACUUGGCCGGAACAAGAGCAAUGUGGGUACACCCACCACAACAAAUGGUGACAAAGACAAAGACACUACUGCUCCUGUUGCUGUUUCCAAGAAACCACUCAGAAAAUCUGUAUCCAAAAAUGAAGUCAAACCUGGAAAGUCAAAGGAAAAGCCUGUAAAAACACAAGUCCAAGCUCAAGAAGAAGAAGAAGAAGAAGAGAAACCAUCCAAUGAAAUCCCAUCUCCAAAUCCUCUUCAAGUUGAAGCUCGGAUAGAAGAAGAAGAAGAAGUCAAUGGUGAGUGUGAGCCUCCUGUUUUGUCCGCAGACAUCGUUGUUGGGGGUUAAAAAGUUAAAAUUUAAAACAACCUUGUUAUAAUGUUUAAUAUCUCUCUGUAUCUAAUAGGCUUCUUCUUUUUUUUUUUUUUUUGUUGUUUUUCAAGUUGUUAAGGUUUCUUCUGUGUUGUGAAUAGCGACUGUAAGUUACUGGUCACAUGUUGUAUGAGUCGGUUUUUUCUGUUGUUUAUUCGUUUAUAUGAUGUUGUAUGAAUCUUUUUGUUUUCCUUUAAAACCAAAGUUGUAAAAUUUGCGGAAACUGGUUUGGAUCUUUCGCUUUGUGAAAUGUGAAUUGAAAUGGAUUUAUUUAUUUUUAUCA